GUGUCGAUAAAUAUGCAACAUCCUCUAAUCUUGACAAUUCUCUUUUGCUAAAAAAAUAAAUAAAUUGUGAUUAUAUUUUGGGGAGAUUAUUUGUGAAGACAAUGCAGGGCGUGCAAGUACAAUGAGAUGGAUGAGAGUGCGCUAGAUCAAUCCAGUCAGGAUUCCAGUGUGGUGGAGAUGGACAAUUCCGGGAGCGUGCUACACAAAAUUGCGAAUCUCUAUGCGGAACAGCUGAUGUCUGAUAUCUGCAUUGUUGUGGGCAAGAAUCGCUAUCCUGCCCAUCGAGUCAUCCUCUGUGCCAGUAGCGAGGUCUUUCAGGUUAUGCUCAUGAACGCUGAAUGGAGUGAAUCACGAGAGAGUGUGAUUGAGCUGAAGGAAGAUCCAAGCUGUUCCAUGGUAUUUCCGCAAUUCCUCAAAUACCUCUAUGUCGGUCAGAUACGGAUAUCCCUUCAGACGGUGAUGCCAAUGCUGGCACUCGCUGACAAAUACAACAUAAAGGACCUCGUGCAGCUUUGCGUGGACUACAUGAUGAAGCACAUUGCCAAGGCUGCAACACAGGGCUACCUAGUCUCAUGGCUGCAGUACACCAUGUCUUUUAGUCCGUACCAUCAGGAGGUAACAGAUGCAUGCCAGCGCUUUAUGAAGUGGAAUCUUGACAUUGUGGCGGACUCGAAGGAUUUUGUCGAUUUGGACGUCAACAUCCUCAUCGUAUUGCUGCAGCAGAACGACCUGGUGCUCAAGAGUGAGUUUGAAUUGUUCACAUAUCUCGAGAAGUGGCUCAUGUUCCGGAAGCAGCAGAUCGAAAUGGAAGCCAGUGCAUCCACUGAGGAUGUUGCCCACCAAAUUCAGCAACUCCUCGAGGCCACUGUGUCACACAUACGCUUUGCCAUGAUGAUGCCACAUGAGCUGGCGAAUCUCCUCCUGCGGCCCAUUGUGAGCAUCAAUAAAGCCUUCUUUGUGGAUCUCAUUGCCAUCGGGAUGAGCUAUCAUUCGGGGCAGGAGGAGCGUGUGAUGGAGAUUCGGCAAACGGAAGUGGGACAGCUGCAGUUUACACCGCGAUUGUACACCACUGACGUAUGGGGCCUUAGUAUGAGUAUCACGGAAUUUGAGAAAAUUGAGGACUUCCAGAAUGUCGCAGCGCUCUUUUUCAGCAAGAGCAACCUCUCGGAGUUUCAGGAAGAUCAAACAAUCACGUGGGAGUUGGAUUUCUUUCCGCGUGGCAUUCGUUUCAAUCGUGCAAAGCUCAUCUAUGUGUACAACAUCAAUGUUCAGGGUGUCGAUAUUCCAGAGGCCAUCCUCAAGACGGUACGUCUCCGAGUUACGUGCAAGGAUGAAAAUUUGAAGGGAGAACAGCGGUUCAAAAUUGGCGUCCUAAUUACGGGCGUACAGAACCAAAUUACCCACAUACGCACAGUUCACGAGAGAGUUCACUACUUCUCACGAAGCAAUCGUGUGUUAAAUAUUGACAAUUUACUGCCAUACGAAGAGUUGGAAUUGUGCUCCAUUAAAUUGAGUCCACACCUCACCGGUGACGACCGGGAUACCCUCACGAUUCAGGUGAUUAUUGCCCCAAUGGGUCCGUAUGUGUGUCACGAGACGCCCGCCUUUGACUUCAAGUGAACCUCCUGCGUGUGCACGCGACAUGUUGCAGCAACCCUACCCGGCUGGAGGAGUCACAGCCACGGAUGAAAUUGUUGUUAAUAAUGUUUUAUAUUAUUAUAUUGAUGAAAUCCAUUUGUGUAAAUAACAUAAAAUGAACAAAUGAUGCGCAAAGAA